AUGGCGCUGCCGCAGAUGCUGCGCGCCGGUCUCGUGCCGUCCGAGGCCGAGUACCUCUCCGCCACGGCCACGCACGUCGCCAUCGUGCCGCUGCAGCGCAUGGACCGCGUGCGUCUCUUCCAGGGCGUCUACGGGCCCUUCCGCCCGCCGACGCAGGCGCAGGUGCCGCUCUGGCUGGCCGUGAACCUCAAGGGCAAGCGCAAGGCGCGCAUCGUCGCGCCCGAGUGGCUCAGCGUCGAGGGCCUCAGGGCGCUGCUCAAAGCGGAGACAUCGGAGCAAGUCUUCGCCGCGGUGCCGCUGCACUACGUCGGCGUCUCGACGCUACUGCUCGAAGCAGCUGCGGACGACAUCCCCGACUCGGACCUCGUGCGCUCGCUGCUCAAGGACCUGCGCGAGGCGCGGCAGGCAAAGGUGCUGCAGGGUUUGAACAGCGUGAACCCGUUCCAUCUCGAGAUGACGAACAUCUCGCUCUCCGAGAUUGCAGAGCUGCGGCCCUUCUUCAUCCGCGCCUUCAAUGACCUGCGCUUCCUGCUGCCGCCUGGCGCUGAGGCUGACGAGGCUGGACUGGGCGACGUGACGAACGAGGCACAGGUGGGCGACAGCACGCGUGCGAGCACGCGCGGCAACGAGAGCGGCUACGACGGCGGCGAGAGCUUUGCCGCUGGCGCCAUGGGCUCGUCGUUCGCCGACGAGAGCCUGCAGUCGCUCGACAGUCAGGACUUGGACGUCGGUGCCUGGGCGGCACCCAACGCUGGCAGGAGCCGCGCAAGUGCUGCCGCCGCUGAUCAAGAUGCAUCGACGAGCACGCAGCAACGGCAGGAACAGCAACACCUCGCGGCCAACGAGAGCAUGACGGACAUGGAUCUCUUCUGA